AUGUUUGAAGAGGAUCGUGCUGAACAGAACGUGACUGCGUACAUCUCUUGUUUAAAACUGGGGGCACAUGGGGACACCAUGGAAGAAGCUCGUAUGAAUGCUGUGGACCUCGUUGAGAUUGAAAUGGAGAAAGGUCGCCUACAGGAUCAAUGUAGUCAUGAUGAUGCACGAAUUGAAACACUUCAAAUUAAUGGAAUUCGACUGAUGGUUAUGUUCGAACAGCAAGAAGCAGAACAGUACGGGCAACCGAUACAGAAGGAGCACGUACUAUGGCCAUGGCAC